CAUCAUCUCUCUCUCUCUCUCUAACUAUCUCUUACCCUAUAAGUGUGAAAUCCUCCGAGCUAGGGCUUCAAUUCCAUUCCUCCACCGACCCCUCAUUCAAACUCCAUACUCUCCGCUCUCACCAAUUCAAUCGAUAUUGAUUUGAGUAUGGGCGGAGGCGAUACUACUACUACAACGGUCAAAGACGAAGUAGCCGAGAAUAACGCCGGCGGUGGUGGUGAAACAGUUACGAUCAACGUUCGAUGUUCCAACGGCUCCAAAUUCUCCGUUCAAGUGAGCCUCGAUUCCACCGUCGGAUCAUUCAAGUCCGUCCUUUCUCAGCCGUCCGAUAUCCCUGCCGAACAGCAGAGGUUGAUCUAUAAAGGCCGGAUCUUAAAGGACGACCAAACCCUAACAAGCUACGGUCUGGAGGCAGAUCACACAGUUCAUCUGGUUCGAGGUUUUGCCCCAGCUGCUUCCGCUAGUGCAACCAAUGCUGGAAAUCCAAAUACUAAUCAGAAUAUACCAGGGGAUGCCCCGCCAAAUGUAGGGGGGCCAUUUGCAGGAGUAGGUGGAGCUCCACUCUUUCCCGGACUUGGAAGUGGUGGUGGUCCGUUUGGAGCUGGUCUUCCAGAUUUUGAGCAGGUCCAGCAGCAGCUGACUCAAAACCCCGACAUGAUGAGAGAUAUGAUGAAUAUGCCUCUUGUUCAGAAUCUAAUGAAUAACCCAGAAAUCAUCCGCAACUUGAUUAUGAACAAUCCUCAAAUGCGAGAGAUCAUGGAUCGUAAUCCCGAGCUCGCUCACAUACUCAAUGACCCUUCUACUCUUCGCCAGACAAUGGAGGCUGCACGAAACCCUGAAAUUAUGCGUGAGAUGAUGCGCAAUACUGACAGGGCAAUGAGCAACAUUGAAUCCUCUCCUGAGGGAUUUAACAUGCUAAGGCGCAUGUAUGAAAAUGUUCAAGAGCCAUUUCUGAAUGCAACAACCAUGGCUGGAGAUACAAGAAAUGAUUCAGGGGCAAACCCGUUCGCAGCUCUUUUGGGAGCCCAAGGUGGGGGGCAAGGCAGAAAUCAGGCAACUAGUCCUCCAGUUACUGGUUCUGAGACAACUGCUAAUCCUCCCGCUCCCAAUACUAAUCCACUUCCGAAUCCUUGGGCAUCAGCUGGCACUGGAGCCGCCCAAACGAAUACCACUGCUAGGUCAAAUGCUGCUGCGGAUACUAGGGCGCCCCCUCUUGGUGGCUUGGGCGCUUUGCCAGAUUUGCAGCAAAUGCUAGGUGGCAUGCCUGAUGCCUCUUCUCUAAAUCAGUUAAUGCAGAAUCCAGCCAUCUCACAGAUGAUGCAGUCUCUCCUCUCAAAUCCUCAGUACAUGAACCAGAUUUCUGGGCUCAACCCACAGCUAAGAAGCAUGCUUGAUUCCAACCCCCAUCUCAGAGAAAUGAUGCAAAACCCUGAAUUUAUUCGUCAGUUGACGUCCCCUGAGACAAUGCAGCAAGUUAUGACUUUACAGCAAGGGCUGUUGUCUCAACUUGGUCGGCAGCAAACAAACCAAGGACAGGGUCAAGAUGCUGGCCGAACAGCAUUUGACAACAUGGGAAUGGAAAUGCUGAUGAACAUGUUCGGUGGACUUGGGACGGGGGGAUUGGGUGUACCCAACAGAUCCAAUGGUUAUUUUACUCUCUCGCUUGCCCCCAGAGGAAUUAUACGCCACUCAGUUAGCCCAGUUACAAGAAAUGGGUUUUUUUGACACUCAAGAAAAUAUCCGGGCACUUAUUGCCACUGCAGGGAAUGUGCACGCUGCGGUAGAGCGACUUCUAGGGAACACUGGACAGUAGUGUAUGGAUAUUCUCUUUUGUAUGACUAUACAGCUCCUGGUGGGAACAGAUGAAAUUGUUGAUGUGGACAGAAGAAGCAUCAAAUCUUGGAUAGAAAUAAAUUUGUGGAGUUUGAUUUUUUGGAACGAACUCUCAUCUCAUCCCCCAUUGUCUCUUACCUCGGGCCAAAAAGGAAAAAAGUUCUUCAGUUCAUUGUACAUACAAUGUUAAAAUCAGCCCCUUAAAUUGUUCAUUAUAAUAUGAUAUAUCGUACAAUUUACUGUAGCAUUUCCAUUUCGAUUUUCUAGUUGGAACAUUAUGCUGGAUGUUA